AUGAGAAGCACAUUUGUUGUCUUGCAGCUUUUAUCCACACUAUGCCCUUUAGAAGUGGCCGCCUCAUUCCUGGGGGAAAGCAGAAGCUCUUCAGAAAAACCACUCCACAGGGGACCAAGAGAACUGAAUGCUCCAUCUCCGAUAGACUGUAAGCUGAGCAACUGGAGCGAAUGGGGGCCCUGUGACCCAUGCACUAGUCAGAGGUUUCGUUCUAGACAUGUUCUAAGAUUUGGACAGUUUGAUGGAAGACCAUGCCUGGAGCCCUUAGGAGAUACACAAAGCUGUACAACCAGCGAAGUCUGUCCUGAAGAACCAGAACCAGACUGUGGUGCUGACUUUCAAUGCAAUUCUGGUAGAUGUAUAAAGCAACGACUUGUGUGUAAUGUAGACAAUGACUGUGGAGAUUUUUCUGAUGAAGAUAACUGUGAAGAUGACCAAAAAUCACCAUGCCGUAACCACGAUAUUGGUGUGUCUGAACUUGGCAGGACUGCAGGACAAGGAAUUAAUGUCUUAGGGAUGCAGCCAAUGGCCAGCCCAUUUGACAAUGAGUUUUUCAAUGGUCUUUGUGAACGGGUGCGCGAUGGAAACACACGGACCUACUAUCGCAAGCCAUGGAAUGUGGGUGUUCUUGUUUAUGAUACAAAAGCAGAUAAAACCUUCACAUCUCUGUUCUACCAUGACCGGGCAAGAAUGUUCCGAGAGGUUUACAAAGAAAAGCAAAGUAACUUUAAUGUUGACUUUUCUUUGAAAUACAUACCAACUGAAGGAGCUGACAAAGUUGGAGUAGAAGGAAACAUUGGAGCUUACUAUAACAAGAAUUCAAGUUUAACUACUAUCCUGGAUACGAGCUCAGAAAAGAACCAAACCUUUCUUCACAUAAAAGGAAAAGUUCAGCUGGGAAGAUUCCAAAUGCGGAGUCGUGAUAUCCGUCUCACAGAUACUUUCCUUCAUGAUCUAAAUUCUCUGCCCACUAAAUAUGAAAAGGGAGAAUAUUUCAAAUUCCUAGAAGAUUAUGGAACUCACUAUGCAGUUUCUGGAGCUGUAGGAGGAAUAUAUGAACUUGUGUAUGUGCUGGACAACUAUGCUAUGUCUCGAGCUGAUAUUACUGUAGAAGAUGUGAAGAGAUGUCUUGGCUACAACUUGCAUGCUGGUAUUUCACUUGCAGAAUUACAGGCCAGUGCUGAUUUUGGUGGUAGUCGGUGUGGAAAGAUUCAUGUGCGUGACAAAACACAAUAUAAUGAUGAUGCUAUCAUUGAUGAUGUCAUUUCCCUAGUUGAAGGAGGGCAGAUUGACUUCUCAGUUAAAAUAAAAGAAAUGCUAAUAAGAGGAUCAAAACCAGUUAAUAUAGAGGACUACAUACAGUGGUCUAGGUCUUUGGUUGAUGCUCCAGUAAUGAUACAACAACGGCCUUCUCCAAUACAUACACUUGUUCCAGUUAAGAUGAGAAAUGCAUAUUUAAAGAAACAAAACUUGGAAAGAGCAAUUGAAGACUACAUUUCUGAAUACAGUGUAUGCAAAUGUGAACCCUGCAAAAACGGAGGCACUCUUGUGCUGGUAGAUGGAGCCUGUAAAUGCAUGUGCUCAAGCUACUUCCACGGGAUUGCAUGUCAGAUUCCCAAAUCCACAUUAAUUCAAGUUGUCACUGAUGGAGGCUGGAGCUGCUGGAGUGCCUGGUCCACCUGCAACAACGGAGAAAGCACUCGAACUCGCCAGUGUAAUAACCCUGCCCCAGAACAUGAUGGGAGACGAUGCCAGGGAGAAAGCAUUGAAAAACGGCCGUGUGAGGAAGAGAAAUAGUUGUGCUGCUCAAAAGCAG